AUGGCGUCGCCGAGACAUUUCCAACCACCUCCGGCGAAUGAGAUCGAGUUCCUGGACCCGCGUCUCAUCAGCAACGCUGCGCCAACGCCGGCGACUAGUCAAGCCUCAGCCGUGAUCGGUCCCACUCAAGGUGACGCUGUCGACGAAGAGUUUGCUCAUCUGUCUGCAUUGCUCCAAAAUGACCUCAAUGACAACAUUCAACCCGACUUCUCCUUUACCGAGUUCCUCGAGAGCACGGCUGAUGACUUCCAUGGGUUUGCAGCCACUGACAACAUCGACCAUGGGUUUGACCUCGCUGGCAAUGGUUUUCAUGAUCUUGCUGGCAGUGUUGCUGCCACAGGUCACAUGACCGCAGACCUUCCAUCCCUCAAUCUUGAUACCACAUUUGUUGGCUUCGACGCCUUCUUCGACUUGGAAGGUGCCAGUGGCCCCGUCAGUACGGGCGUUGCAGGUGACAGAGACUUGAAUGCCGUUGGCACUCAGUUUGACAACUUCAGUAACAUGCACCGCAACGAUGCCAACGAUGCCAACGGGCUCAACUCAACCUCCUGGCAGAACGGCAACCUGACCCGCGACUUUGUUAUGGGUGCAGCAGUUGAUCUUCCAGUCCUUGGCGCUGUUAAUCCGGUUCCUCAAAUUGUUGAAAAUAACUCUCUGUCAGCACCACAUGUACCCUUCACUCCUCGUCCCAGACUGUCUGAAUACAGAUUCAUCAACAGAGUAAACGACUUCGUGAAAGCUGCCGAAGAAGUAAGAAACAUGGGCAAAGACACAGCUGAUCUCUCCCCUGGCCUUGGUGGUCGACCCAAACUUCCGGUUCUCAAGCCGAAACCAGUUGUUCGAUCUGACAAGGAUGUUUUGACUCGUGUUUCUCAAAACGACGGUCUUGUUCGUACCACUAUGGACACUCCUGCUCUUCCGGCAGUUAGCCGCGCGAUCAAGGCUGGUCCCGGCAAUAUUCCGACAAAUGAUGACGAGGAAAAUGUUGAGACACCGCGUGUUAGAAAGCGCAAAUUGGAUGACGCAAACGCUGAUACUGAGUCUGGCAAUGGCGACAACGAAUCUCCAGCACCACUCAAGAAAUUGAAGAAGCACCAGGGAUAUGGUCCACGAGUCGACACUAGCAUGCCUGCCACGACCAGCGCAGCUGGCCCAUUCCUCACCAGAAGCGGUCAACGUACUCAGGACCAAGGUGCCUUGCAGCAAAGCAAUCAAGAUGCUGACGCUCCCAAGUGGACUCGCCGCCUACCAUCUCUACUCGACUGCACCGACCCUUACAUGUGUCCUGGCCCCAACUUGAACUGCUUCCACGCCUUCCAGAACACCUCAGGCUAUUUCCUCCACGUCGAGAACGUCCACGGGGUUUCCAGGGCCAAGAUGAACAGAGAGGAAUUCCGUCACUUGAGAGAUGUGUACGAGCCACACCCAGAGUCUUGGUGGAUUGCAAAGGGGCAAGACACCACAUACCAGGGAACAGAUCGGAAGCAGAUCAAUGCCCGUCGCCGCAUGAGGGCGGGGAUCCGCAGCAACGACCCCAACUACGUGGAGGAGGUGUAUGUCCGAACUCCUGCUGUGCGAUCGGCAGGAUACAAGAAACCUGCCAGGAGAUAG